AUGCAGAUUCUGUUUUAUAUUGUGAACGUGAGUUUGAAAUUUACUAAAACUUUGUUUUUCUACUUGUUUAUACUUAAAAAUUCUAUUUCCUUUAGGAAUCCAAAUUCUUUUGAAAGGAGUUUCUCAUAUUUAACACAAUCUCCAGUUCAUCUCAAUUUAAAUACUAAAUUUUCACUAAACUUAUUCUCUAAAACUGAUCAAAGAUAUUUAAUAACUUCUCCAUUAUUUUAUUUGAAUGGACCACCUCAUUUAGGUCAUGCUUACACAUUAGUUUCUUCAGAUGUCCUUAAGAGGUUUCUUAUACUCAGUGGCUACGAAUGUAAAUUACUUGUUGGUACUGAUGAACAUGGUUCUAAGAUAAAGUUAACUUCUUCUAAUCUCGGUUAUUCUCCUAAACAGUACGUUAAUUUAAUGAGAAAUCACUAUUACGAGCUGUAUAAACAGUAUGACAUAUCUCCUGACAUAGUAGUUCACACCUCUGAAAAUGAUCAUAAAUCCAAGGUUAAAGAUGUAUUUAACUCUUUUGUUAGGUCUGGUUUUAUUUACAGAGGGUUACACAAGGGUUACUUCUCUCCUAAGGAAGAUUUGUAUUACACUGAAUCAAAAUUAAUUGAUGGGAAAUCACCUUUAGGUUUUGAAGUAUCACAAGUAAAUGAACCGGCAUAUUUUUUCAAAUUAAGCUCUUGGAGAGAGAAAUUAAUUGAUUUCUUCAAGGAAUCUGUGAUUAAACCUAAUCAUUCACUUAUUGAGGUUAGAAAAUCUUUAGAAUCAGAUUUAAAUGAUAUUGCCAUUAGUAGAUCCAAUUGUGAUUGGGGAAUACCAAUCAAUAUUAUGAAUAACGGUGAGACAGACCAGAAUGAAACAGUCUGUAAUGAAACAGUCUGUAAUGAAACAGUCUCGAAUGAAACAGUUUAUGUAUGGUUUGAUGCACUUUUGGGUUAUUUAACACAUUUUAAUUCAUUUCCCCAAUUACAAGAUCAAGAAUUAAAGAAUUUAAAAUUAAUUCAUGUGAUUGGUAAAGACAUUUUAACAUUUCAUAGUUUGUUAUGGCCAUCAAUAUUAAUGGCAUUAGAUAUACAAGUACCUAUUAAAUUAUUAGUUCAUGGUUGGUUAUUGAAUAAAGGUGAAAAAAUUUCAAAGUCUCUUGGGAAUGUUUCCAAUUUGGAACCUCAGUUAAGUGAUGUUUCUAGAUUUGCUCUCAUGAGUUUGGGUGACUUUAGUUCUGAUUUUGAAUUUGAUUCUUCUAUUUUUGAUAAUUCAAUAAAAAUCCUUAGGAACAAAUUUGCCAAUACUUUCUACAGAAUCACAUCAUUAUUACAUAAUCAUAAAUUGGACUCCGUAUUACCAACUAACACUGAUCAUGAAUUAAUUAACAAAUUUCAUCUCUAUACAGUUAAUAUUACCAAGUAUAUGGAAUCAUUUAGAAUUGACAAGUAUAUACAAGUUUUAAUGGAAAUGUCAUCUGAAGUGAAUCGAUUUAUUGAGUUGAAUCAGAUUUGGACCAUGGGAACUUGUGAAUUAUUACAAAUUUCUUGGUUACUUUGUACACUUUUAUUUUAUAUAUCUGUUUAUUUGAGUCCAAUAACUCCUAAAUUAUCCAAUGAUAUGAUUUCACGAUUAAAUCCACAACUCAAUCAAAAUACAAUAUCUCCUUCAUUUAAUAUUUUUAACAAUAUACAACACAUUUCUUAUUAUCCUCAACAUCUUAAUAUCUUAAUUUAA